ACUACAUCAGGUGAAUCCUUUACUCCUGUUACUUUAUGCGCGCCUGGUGCUUCUGUUCCGCGAUCUAUUUUUGAACUAGAACAAAUAUUGUGUUUGUGUCCGUCCGGGCGUUGUUUUCGGAUUGUUUGAUUGUUUUAGGAUGCAUGCGGUGGGCCUCCACUCCGCGCUCGCCAUCCGCCGUGAGCGCAAGCGCCGCGCCGAACAGCAGCGCGCCAAAGAGCGACGCUACUCCCUCCAGUCUUCUGAAUCCGGAGUCACUUCCCCACACUGCUCCACUGGCAGCUUGGAACGACGUCGCUUCAAGAAAACAAGAACUUCCGACAAUGAAGUCGUCUCCUCCGUUGGCAUGCUCCAUCUCGGAGUCGUGUUCCUCGUUCUGGGGCUAUUCCUCAUCGCGUCCGGCUGGCUGCCCGAUGACGUCACAUCUUGGAGCAGUAUCGGGUCAGUCAGCUGGUUCAAUGAAUUAGUCUGCUCUGGACUUUUUGCGCUGGCGAUUGGCAUUUUCUUAAUAAUCCUCCACAAGUACUUAACGAAAAGCGAAGAGGACGCCUUGGAGGAUUACGUCCAAAGACAACUGACGAGGUCUCGAUCUGGUCAUAGAUUAGAGAGGGAUGCUGAAACCGGUGGAAUGCAUACGAAGAACGCUAGACGGGCAAAAGCGGCCGAGGUAUUGCCGGAAACGAUUACUGAGACGUAUAGAGAGCCAUCUCCAGAACGAGCUCAUGGGUUUGUUAAUGCUCUGGCUAUGAAUGGGGAGACGCUGAGAGAUUCACCGCUAGAGCAGAUAGUUGAGGAAGAAAUAUCAGUAACGUCGGAGAAUGAUAGGCGACUAGGGAGGUUCAACAAGGAUACGUAUUCCACGCCUUCUGUUGCUCCCAGUUUGAGUCCGGGUUCACCUUCGGACACGAGGGAGUUGCUCUCCGAUGGACGGUACAUGAUCAUGUCUCGGAUGUGAACAGUGAAUCCACAAUUUAUUCUUUAAAUCGAAAUUCUUUAAUAAAAAACUUAUAAAAGUGCUAAUUACUUUGGUGAUAUUGCUACAAAUUCCAUAAUUUAGUGUAUGAAUUGCUGUAAUCUUGAAAUACGGAGUGAAUUGCCGAGUCGAGUUACUUUGUGGGCCAAACGGCACGGAGGAUUAACUGAACUGAAGCGAACUCCUAUUGUUCUUUAGAAUAACUGACAGCUGCAAGUUUAAAGCCUUCAAGCGUGUCGUUUCUAUGUUCUGCCACUUUGUUAUCUAUUAGAGCAGGCUUCGGAGCUAUGGCGGCUCUGUCAAUGUAAUUAUUUCGUCAAAUGCUUCUGUAUCUUAUGUUUUAACCGAUGGACCAACUCUUUGGUAGAUUUUAGCGGUAAGUUCUGCCCCAUUUAUAAUUAUAACCUUAGCACUAUUUAUUAAUUCCUCAUUUAGUUUAUUGGUUGCAGUUAUAAGUGGGGUAUCGUUGCGAAUAUUUAAUUAAUUACAAAUCGUCAUUCCGUAUGUAUUGGCUUGAGACUGAUUGUUAUAUACUGUUCUUAUAUCUGUACAUUUUUAUAUGAUAUUAAUAUUUAUUUGUCCUUUACUUGUAUUGUGAUUCGUUUAUUGUAAUUUUGUUUGUUCAUGUUUUCUAGAAAGAUUUUAGAUCAGAAAUUUGAUGGAUUUAUUUUUCAAAAAAAAAAUUGUUGAACUGUGCCAAAAUAUAAAUGGCAAUAACAUUUUACUUCUAAACAUUAUUAUAUGAUGAGAACAAUUCUAUUUGCAUCUCACUUUUUACUUAAAAAUAGAUAGUUUCACAUUUUUGAACCAUUUCUACUAAACUUAUCAGAUAAACUAAUUGAAUAUGAUUAAUCAAUCACAUUUAUCGAUUUUGAGGGUAAAUAAUGUUUGAAAUUAUUAUUUAUUACAUAAUUAUUAUGUAACUAUUUAAGUAAAGGUUGUAAUAUUGUAAUUUUUAUUUUUAGAUCAUUUAGUAAUAUAUAUUAUAAUCAAUUAUUUUCUUUGCGGCUGUGAUCAAUUUCUGUGACUUACAGUCGGACAGGUAGACAAAUUAUAUAUAUGAUAUUAUUGUAAGCUUACGAGUACACAACACGAGCUUAGCUUAUAAUGCUCAAAUUUGUCAUGAUUUCACCCCUUAACUUUCUCCUUAGUGAUUUUGAAUUAAUUAAUCUUUUUAACAUUGCAUAAUUGGAAAACGUCCCAUAAAUCAUAGCACGCAUAUAGAGUGUUUUUCAACCAAUUGCAACCGUCCGAUAUGGUCGACUGCAGAAAAAUUGUAGUUUAACUAAAUUCUCUACUCUUUUAAAGAAAAAAAUAUGUGAAUCUGUAACAUUUAUUUUUUGUUGUUCUAUUACAUUUCAUAACGUAAAGCCGAAAGCCACAGUUUUGUAGGUAAGCAAAGGUUAAGAUACUGAACAAAAACGCACAUAAAUAUGAAAAGGGUCGUACACGUCAAGAGCGGAAAGUAAUAUUUAUGCGAAUAAUUUCAUAAAUUUAAUGUACUUCGACUGUAAAUAUCAAUAUAAGAAAUAUUUUAUGGGAGUUUUCCAUUUGUGCAGUACUUUCUAUCUUCCGUCUAGGUUAGGAUAAGUGCUGUUUAUAAACAUUGCCUUAUUAAACUAUUUCACGACUUGUAUUAUAUUAAGAGCACAAUUUUAUCGAUAAUUAUAUACAUAUGUUAGGAAAAUAUGAUUUUUUUCCAUUACGAUAACAGCGUACAUUCAAUUUUUGAAUGAAAAUUUCUCAAAUUUCACAUGUCUCUUUAUAAAUAAAUAAAUAAAUAUAUUAGGACAAAUCACACAGAUUGAGCUAGCCCCAAAGUAAGUUCGAGACUUGUAUUAUGGGAUACUAACUCAACGAUACUAUAUUUUAUAACAUAUACAUAUAUAGAUAAACAUCCAAGACCCGGGCCAAUCAGAAAAAGAUCAUUUUCCAUCAUGACCCGACCGGGGAUCGAACCCGGGACCUCUCGGUCCAGUGGCAAGAACUUUACCACAGCGCCACCGAGGUCGUCAAAUAAUAUUAAUUUAUAAUAUUACCUUUAUAAUAUUAAUAUAAAAAAUGAGUUUCUAGAAUUGUUAUUUCAUUAAUGUAAUAUAUGACAUAUAUAAAUGCACAUUACUAUGCUUACUACUAACAGUUGACCGCGGCUCUGCCCGCAGUAAGUACCUAGCUAUGUCGUUCUCCAUCUCUCUUCACACGGGUACAUACAUAUUACUAACAUUAAUAUGAAUAAUUCACACACAUUAAUAAUAUUAAUAUGGAAUCGUUUCCGAGUUCCGUCGUCCGAACUUUUAAUAAAAAAUUUUUUAUAGGUACAUACAAAAACGUACAUGCACAGAACUUUAAUAGUUCACAAAGAUUAUAAGAAAGAAGAAGAAGAUAGAGAAAGAAUUUGAGAAAUAUUCAAGCAAGGAUAUAACAACUUUCUAUCUGAUAGUUUCGACGAUAUUUUCCUAACAUACAGACUGCACGUGCGGUCCCUUGGUGUCUAGUACUUGCUAGCUGUGGGGUAUAGGGUAAGGGAGCCUAAAAUCAUUGUGUUGGCCUCAACACAUGUAUAUAUUUAAAAAGGUUAUUUUCUACUCGAUAAUGUAUUGCUAUAAUUAUAUAUUUUACAUUUGGUAAACCAAAGAUAUAUAUUAUAUGCAAGAUAUUAUGUUAAAUAUUGAUUUUGCGCGAAGUAUGCUUAUGUGCCGUAACCUGGUGUGACAAUGUAUAUCUAUGUUGGUUGGUUAAUCAUAGGUUUAUUGAAAUAAUGGGAAUUUGAAGAAAAUCUUGGGAAUUUUCAUUAAAAAAAAAACGAAAUAAAUUAUCUCGUUAUUUUUUAGAUUUUUAGAAAAAAACGGGAUAAUUUAUUCCGUUUCCGUUAAAGACAAAUCGAAGUUAAUCCCUCCCAAAGUUUUUCGCAAAAUACCUGGUAAAUAUAUCUAUGGUUAUUGUAUAUAUUAUAUACUAAAGGUAAUCAAAAAAUGACAAGAAUCAUAGUGGGUAUCGUGGCCAGUGGAAAUACCUCGUCUGCCUACCGCCAUGGGAAACAGACGGGAUAAUAUGUAUGUAUUACAAGAAAACAUUCUACCUCAAUAGCUUCCGCGUAGACAUGAGUCUGGCAAUAAUUAAGCUCUUUAUUAUCGAGUGGGAGACGAAUGUAAACAUCAUUGUAAUUCAUUGUACCUAGAAUAUAUGUCAAUAAUAAUGAUAUUGAGGCGUGCGGACUUUACGAAGACACAGUUUCCAGAGUUUUCAAGGAUUGCUAAAGCAACAUAUAUUCCGCAUUAGACUUGGGUAUAUUACAUAAACACAGAAUAUUUUAAACUAAAAUCAAUGUAUGCUAAAACUGCUAGAAAUGUUUUUUAGAACACUCAUAAAAUAAAUAAAUUGCCUUGUCGAGAUUCUGUAAAAUUCGAUCAUACUUACUUCGAUUGAAUCUUCAUCUGAGUAUUUUCCUAUUAGCGUCUGAGCUCAGGGCCGCUUUACUACUUUUUCGUCUUCACAUCGCACGGACUUCUAGCCAGCAAGCACUUCUACAGUUUGCCUAUUCUGCCAAGGCAGCAGAGGCAAACUGUAGAGUGCUUGCAGGAGCAGCAUGGCCAGACAUUUUUUCCCCUACGUAAUGCGGUCUACGCAAGACGUGCCCCGUACCAGCGGACGCGGCACAAAACAUAGGUAUAAAAUAUAGUAUGAAUUGCAUGUUUUUAGUUUGAUAUAUUCCGUGUUUUUGUAAUAUCCCUAGAAUUUUAGCAAAAUACUUAUUAUUAUAAUGUAAUUAAAUUUCUUAAUUUUACUCGAAUUCUAUGAACCGUCAAUAUAAUAAAAAUUAUUUCAUUAAUAUACAAUUUAUUAUUAAAUAUUUCAGAUUUAUUAAGGGAAUUGCAUUUGUUGUACAUUGAAUAAUUAUAAAAUGAGGUACUUUAUAUACACACAUCAAGGUAACAGGUUUAAAAAUAAUAAAAUUCGUUUUUAAAAAUUCCUUUAGUAAGGUCAACAAGGGUACUUACUUGGUAAAUAUAUUUGUUUGAAAACAAUUUUACAGCUUAUCAACAUAAUUUGAUAUUAGAUAAUUGUGUUCUAACUACGGAAUAUAUAUAAAGUAUCUCACUGAUUUAUUUGCACCCGACAUAGCGCAAAUCAUAGAUGUAUGCACACUUUAAUUAUGAAAUGUCUUGUGCCUAUACUACUUUUAUACAUAUGUGUAGUGUUAGUAUUGAUACUAUCGCUGUAAGUGACAUCUGUAUAUAAAUCAUUGAUUUUAUUUUAUAAUAAACAUGGUGCCCGCCCUAUACUAAAUAAAACUGAAUGUUACGUUACAAAAACAAUUUUAUAUUAUGAAUAAUCAAUUUAUUUCAAAUUUACCUGAUAUUCAGUAAGAAAAUGCGUUACCGUACGUUUUUCAAUUUAACAGAAUCUUUAAACUAUUUAUUUUAAUCACUUGGGCGUGGCACGAUUUACUAUUGUGCUGAUAUUUUUCAUAAAUAUAAGAUCAUUUAUCGGGAAUAAAAUAAAUUUGAUUUCAAAUCUAUUUAUAGGUAUAAUGUCGAAACUGUCAAACUUGCGAUCCUCAAAAACUAUACAAGGUCGUGAAUUUUUGUAAUAAAUUGUGAUUGAAGAGGUAAAUGGCAAUUUAUAACAUAAUAUUUGAAGGUAAUAGGAUUUUCCACUACCUAUGUUAUAAUAUUUGAUGUUAAUUAAUAAUUAAUCAGUCGAAGCACAUGAUAAAAUGUAUAAUAGGCUAAAAUGUGGUAACAAUACAUUAAUAUUUAAUUGCGCAAAUUAUUUACAUAAAAAACAUGAUUAAUUAUGUGAAAUUCGGUCAUACGGCUGUAAUAAAUUCUUCCUUUUAAAACAUACCACUUCAGUCAUAAUUUAUUUGGGAGUAAUGUGACAAUUAAAUCAAUGUUGCCAACGUAAUAGUCGAAGAAUCGCCAGCGCAAAGCCAAAGCUUCAGACUCAAAUUCCUGUGAUUAUAAAAAUCCUUUGGUAUAUUUAUUUUGUCUGUAGAAUGUUUAAUUAAGGUUUUGGUGUUGUGAGCUCAAGUUGUUAGCCCCCGCACAUUGUAAGACAAUUUCUAUAUAGGUGGUAUUAAAGCAUAACCUAAAAGUAGUAAGUAACUACUAAUAUUUAUUGUAUCAUGUCACAACUGAAUGAAAAUUACGUGGAAGAAAUAUUUUGCAGGCUGUUACAAAAUACACACCUAUUCCGGAGUGGUAAACGUUACCUCGGAUAUAUUCUAUAAGCGAACUCUUUUGUGAUUGUAACUUCGUUUGUAUAAAAUACUAGCUUUUGCCCGCGGCUUCGCCCGCGUGAAUUUCUCUGCGAGAGAGAGAAAUAGUUAUGAUUUUCAUUCAAAGUUUCACCCCCAUGAUAGUCGCUUGGAAGUCGAUUUUUAGAACAAAAGUAGCCCAUGUUUGAACGGGGGUCUUUGACUAUCACACACACACCAAAUUUCAUCAAAAUCGGUUGAGCGGUUUAGUCUUGAAUACGUGACAGACAAAAAGACUUUCGUAUUUAUAAUACAAUUAUGAAUGGAUAUGUAUUUCAUUUCAACCUGGACAGAUGAUUUUUAUUGAUAAAAUUUAAUUUUGAAAAUCAAAUGAGAACGAAUUUAACUUUUAAUAGAGAAGUUAAGCAUAUUUCAAUUCUUCUCCACUAAAAGUUAAACUAUUAUAUGUAUACUAUAUUAAAUAAAUAUAUAAGUAUUGUAACAUUUCUGGAUUUUGUCAUACAAAGAGCGGGUGCUUUAGUGUCAUUUUUAUGGAGUUUUGGUGUCGUGAAAACAUUUUUUUGAACGCUUUUGCGCAUUUUAAUAAUAUUCACUCUAUCGCAAUGCACAUUAAUGUAAACGUGCUAUAAUUUUAAGUGUAAUUUUAUGUAAUCGUGUUGUUUUAUUUAAAAAAGGCGCAAUUGUACACUCUCGAGAGGCAAUAUUGGGUAAAACUAUUGUGAAACGGGCUUUAUAUUAAUUUUCAAGCACGUUCCCCUUGCCAUGUCUAAAUUUACUUGAAUUACUUUUUAUUAUCUCUGAUCAUCUCUAUCGUAACAAAGAAAAAAAUUUGUGAUUUGUGCUGUGAAUCGUUUCACAGCACAACAAACAAAGUUUUGUCUUGCAAAAUGUUUUUGUUAUGUGAAUUUGUACAUGUCUUUUAUCUUUUUCUUUUACUAUUUACUUUGUAGGAAUAUUUGUAAGGUUGAUAAUCAAUAAUGUCUCGACGAGAGUGUACGAGAGGCUUCACACGUACUGCCAUCAGAGACGUUAUACUUAAAUUUAAUUGAAGAAAAAUAAAACUAAUUCUCAAAAACUAAAUAUUGUGAUAUAAUUUAUUAAAUUUUGGUCUAAUUUUAAAUGCGUAUUUAAGUAUAACUUCUCUGAAAGCAAAUCUUUUUUUUAAAUAUAUUUUAGAAUAUGUAAAUUGGGUAAAAUCGUGCAGAAAAUUAAUUAUUUGGAACAAUUUGUACAAAUUCAUAUUCGCGAUUUCAUAAGUACAAAUAUUAUUUAUUUCAAUAUUGAUUCAUCAAAGUAAAAAUGUACUACUUCUGAAAAAAUCUCAUUUUUUGCAAAAGAUAUUUAGAUCACUUGUGCUCAAGUACAAGAUUUUAUGGUAAAUUAUUUGGUACUGUAAUUAAUAAUCGAAAUUUCAACAUCUCAAUUAAUAAAUUACAGAAAAUUGCAAAUUAAUCUUGUUUAUAAUAAUUUUAGCACAUUAUCAGGUUAUUAUAAUUAAUAAUAUAUUAAAAAGUUUUGUAAUUUUUAGGGACAAACAGACGUUAUUCGUGGGAUGAUAUGGUCAUGUCAUUUAUGCAUUGGGAUACGAACAGCGUACAAAACAAGUGAUGUAAUUUUUCAUUAACUUUGUAUACAUUUUUUAAAAGUUAGUGAUUUUUUUUUUAUAUGGAACAGGGAUAUAGAGAUUACUUAAUUUAUUCAUUUAAUAUGAGACGAUUUUUAACCCCCGUCGACAGGAAGCGGGGUGGGUAGUUGUCUGUGUAUCUGUGGCUGAUUUUAAUCUAGCUUUUUUCAUUUGAAAAAUAAUCGAGUGUUCUUAACUAUGUUUGGAAAAUGUGUGUUCAUCCGUUUGGAAACCGUCAGCUCCUUUUCAGAAAUAAGAAUUCCGGAAACAAAUUCCGGUUUAAUACAUUUUUAAUUUCGUUUUUAUUAUUUAAAUCUCUAUCAAUCGUAAAAGAAAAACCCUAAUUCCUGAAGCCGUUUACAAAAAUCUUUUGUCUCAAUUGUUCAUCUAUCUCUUCAGUUCUAAUAAUGUCAAAAGGACGUGAUAAUAUUAUCUCACGAGUCACGUCAUUUUUUAUAUCGCAUCACGUCAUCUCACAUUUGGCAUACCUACAUUCUAUUGUUUCACUCGAUUUAUUACACUUUAUUAAUUAAUUAAAUAAUAACAAUC